AUGGAUGAUGCUAUGCGUCGUAGCAUCUUUGGUUCGUCUGACGAAUCAGAUGAACCAUCGCCGAAGCGUAGGCGCUCGAGGUCGCAAGACUCGGGCGCUCACAGUGGUGUCGGUUCUCCUAUGGACACCACUUCGCAACGAGGUGCCAGUCCUUCUGUCGGCACGUCGCAGGAAGAGCGGGACCGCAACGUGUUGCGUCUUGCUCCCGAGAAGAAGGCAUGGAUGCCCCCAAAAUCCGUCAUGGAUCACUUGUCGGCGACGACAAGUGAUCGCUAUCGAACACGGUUGUUUGAUUCGUCAAGGAUCCAUCACCUUGACCCCAGCGCAAAAGACUAUCGCGCUGAGAAUGAAUUCUUCAUCGAUGAUUAA